AUGUCCACCCCCCAACCCCAACCAAGACUCCCUCCCGGCAUCGAGCACGCCCUCAACGAAGCCCAACGCACAACCCUCCUCGCCCUCCACGGCCGCCUCGACCGCCUCCUACGCGAAGUCCCCCUAACCGCCACCCAAGAAAUCCGACCCCGCGGCCUAAACCUCCUCCUCGCCAGCAUCGACGCCGCGACAGACCACGCAGGCCGCAUGACCCGAGGCUACAGCGACCGCCUCUUCAACUACGGACUGCAAGGCCUCCGUCGCGUGGCGCUCGCCGUGCAGACGUAUUUCGCCGUCCCCGCUACAGAGAUCCGAUUCGCGCGCUGGGACGUCUACCAAGGCCGCCCACCUCGUCCCCCAGACGACGCUAGCGUCAAAGACCGCUGGCGCUGGGCGAUCGCCUGGAAUCUGGACAUGACGAGCAACACGAGCCUGUGUCUCGGCGCGGCGAGCAGUGUGCUCAAGGACUGUACGCUGCGGGGGCCGACGAAUGUCGCGUUCCAGACGGAGGAGGAUUUCCCUUGCCCGGCGGUGGAGGAGUAUGAUGCGGCGUGGAGGGAGGAGUUACGGGGGUAUGCGGGGCAUGCGCUGUUUGCGCUGGCGCAGUUGUUGAAGGCGAGGUUUGGGGGGAGGGAGGUGGGUGUUUUGGGGUAUGAGACGGGGUGA